CGUGGAGUUUGGCCGGCAUUUUGUAGUAUUUGUGGCCGGAAAGGUUGACGUGUUCUUUUCAGAGCCGCCUACCUUAUAGUGGAUGCGGCAGAAGAGGCUUAGUUCUAUUUCAGUCGCCGUGGAGGGUUGUUGAGCGAGGAAGUUUUCCGUUUUUCGUAACAAGUUCGAAAAUUGCAGCAAUGAAACUGCUAAAACAAUCGGCCCUGGUGGUCGUAUUGGCCGUACUGGCCUGUUCGGCGGAGGAGAAAAAGGAAAAGGACAAGGACAUCGGCACGGUAGUUGGUAUCGAUCUUGGCACGACGUAUUCGUGUGUAGGCGUUUACAAGAAUGGACGUGUGGAAAUUAUCGCCAACGAUCAGGGUAACCGUAUCACUCCCUCGUACGUGGCGUUCACCGCCGACGGCGAGCGACUGAUCGGCGAUGCCGCCAAGAACCAGCUGACCACCAACCCGGAGAACACGGUCUUCGACGCCAAGCGUCUGAUCGGACGUGAGUUCACGGACCAUACCGUACAACACGACAUCAAGCUGCUGCCGUUCAAGGUGAUUGAGAAGAACUCGAAGCCCCAUAUCCGCGUCGCGACCGGCCAGGGUGAUAAGGUGUUCGCUCCGGAGGAAAUUUCAGCCAUGGUGCUCGGCAAGAUGAAAGAGACGGCCGAGGCGUACCUGGGCAAGAAGGUGACCCACGCAGUCGUAACGGUCCCGGCCUACUUCAACGACGCCCAGCGUCAGGCCACCAAGGAUGCCGGAGUGAUCGCCGGAUUGAACGUCAUGCGCAUCAUCAACGAGCCGACCGCAGCGGCCAUCGCGUACGGUCUGGACAAGAAGGACGGCGAGAAGAACGUGCUGGUGUUCGAUCUGGGCGGUGGUACCUUCGAUGUUUCGCUGCUGACCAUCGACAACGGUGUGUUCGAGGUGGUGGCCACCAACGGCGACACCCAUCUGGGUGGUGAGGACUUCGAUCAGCGCGUCAUGGACCACUUCAUCAAGCUGUACAAGAAGAAGAAGGGCAAGGACAUCCGCAAGGACAACCGUGCAGUUCAGAAGCUGCGUCGUGAGGUGGAGAAGGCUAAGCGUGCCCUUUCGGCCAGCCACCAGGUGCGCAUCGAAAUCGAAUCGUUCUUCGAGGGUGAUGACUUCAGCGAGACGCUCACGCGCGCUAAGUUCGAGGAGCUGAACAUGGAUCUGUUCCGGUCGACGAUGAAGCCGGUCCAGAAGGUGCUCGAGGAUGCCGACAUGAACAAGAAGGACGUCGACGAGAUUGUGCUGGUGGGCGGCUCGACCCGUAUCCCGAAGGUGCAGCAGCUGGUGAAGGAGUUCUUCAAUGGAAAGGAACCAUCGCGCGGUAUCAACCCGGACGAGGCUGUCGCUUACGGUGCGGCCGUGCAGGCCGGAGUGCUCUCGGGCGAACAGGACACGGACGCGAUCGUGCUGCUCGAUGUGAACCCGCUCACCAUGGGUAUCGAGACGGUCGGUGGCGUGAUGACGAAGCUGAUCCCGCGCAACACCGUCAUCCCGACGAAGAAGUCGCAGAUCUUCUCGACCGCCUCGGACAACCAACACACCGUCACCAUCCAGGUGUACGAGGGUGAGCGCCCGAUGACCAAGGACAACCAUCUGCUCGGAAAGUUCGACCUGACCGGUAUUCCCCCGGCGCCACGUGGCAUUCCCCAGAUCGAAGUUUCGUUCGAGAUCGACGCCAACGGUAUCCUGCAGGUUUCGGCCGAGGACAAGGGCACGGGCAACCGCGAGAAGAUCGUCAUCACCAACGACCAGAACCGCCUGACGCCGGACGACAUCGAGCGGAUGAUCAAGGACGCCGAGCGGUUCGCCGACGACGACAAGAAGCUGAAGGAGCGCGUCGAGGCCCGCAACGAGCUCGAGAGCUACGCGUACAGCCUGAAGAACCAGCUCAGCUCGAAGGACAAGCUCGGUGCGAGCGUGUCGGACGACGACAAGGCCAAGAUGGAGGAAGCGAUCGACGAGAAGAUCAAGUGGUUGGACGAGAACCAGGACACCGAGGCGGAGGAGUACAAGAAGCAAAAGAAGGAGCUCGAGGACAUCGUGCAACCGAUCAUUGCCAAGCUGUACGCGAGCACUGGUGGUGCCCCGCCGCCAGCCGGUGGCGAAGAGGAUGAGGAGCUGAAGGACGAGCUGUAAGACGGCUCUCUUCGAUUGAAAAGUGCGAGUGUGAUUCGUAGCCCUACAAACCACCACCACCACCACCACCACCCGUUCAUAAUCAUCAUCGUCAUCCGUAUCUCGCAACCAUCUCAUCAUCAAAACCAGCGGACAGCCUAUCGUCGUCAGUUCCCCUUUUCUUCCCCAUUUCGCAGUGCGUUUCUUUUGGGAGAAGAGAAGGACAUCCGGACGAUCUGUCUCGACGAACCUCGAGUGGGUGUGAUCCUUCCAAAGCACAACCUCCGCUCUCCACGUCGUUGGUGGCAGUGGUCGUACCUGAGAGAGGGAAAACAGUACACACACACACAAAAACACUAGGCAACUGAGGGAGGAGGGAAUGUUGGAGUUACGAUCGCGGAAAUCCAUCUUAUUUUCUAGAUGGAAACGAGAUUAUCCUCCCGCUCAAAAUCGUCGCUCCCUUCGGCCCGCGCGUUCCAGUACAAUUUUUCCAACUAACAGGAUCUACAAGAUUUGGUAGAGAUUACAAUUGAAGACAUUGUUGUCAUCAUUCGAGAGAGGAGAGGAAGGGAAAGAGAGCAAAUGUUUUCCGUUUUUGUUUUUGGUUUCGUCCAUAUGAAAUGAUGUUGUGGCACAUUAAGAGAGGAGGGUGCACAUUAGCAGAAAAAGAGGAUGUACAUUUCGUUUCUAAUCGUUUAUUUAUUGAGCGAGCGAUAGAGAAAAAGAUAGAGCAGUAGUUCGGCAGACGUGUAGGAUAAACGACUUUAGAGUAGCAAACCACAGAAAACUGCUGGGGGAACUGUUAUGAACAGGAGUUUCGGACCUCCUCCUAUAUCCACAGCGCCCCUCGAUUAACAUCCCGAGGAGAUAACCGGUAGAGAAAGGUCGAAAACACAAGAAUCACUCCUUUCGUUCCACACAAACAAAAGGGGGAAAGCGCACGCAACUGUAGAAUAAGAAAGAAGAGGCACAGGUUGAAGUCGAGGCAACAAACACAACAACACGCGCCACACGUGUACAGGGGGUGGGGUCAUUUGGACCCGCACCUCCUCCCCCCCAAUUUCAUCUCCUAUGCGUGCUCUCCAUUUAAAGGAGCGAGAAAUGAUGGCAACGAACGCUAACGAAGCUCCCGCGAUGCGAUACCAACGCCGUACACUUUGUUCCAUUUCUUACGGUCGGGAUUGACUCGUAUAUUGAAGUAAUGAUUUUCGUUCUUGCUUUUACACAAAUGGAACCACGUUUUUAUACUUUACUAUCCCCCCAAACCCCCAACAUCCCCGUCCGGGUUAGGUAGAACAGGAGCAGCAGCUGGUAGUUGGUUAGGUGUUUCCAAUUGCUUCGCGACGUACAUCCCACUCGAUGGGGAGACAGUUAGCAGGAGCAAAAGAUCGGAUUUCGUUUUACUUCGUUUCAUUGUUUCUCAUCCGUCGACUGAU